AGUGUUGCUGGCGCGAGUUGUUCGAUAAAAAUCAGUCGUUGUCGAGGGGCUGUUUUGGCGUGGUCGCUAAGUAAACUCAGUGUUCGUGCGAUUAUUUUUUUACAUCAGUGACUUUUAAAUCAGUGAUUAACCACCAGUGGUUGCCGUUUUCACCAGUGAUUCAUCAGGAGGAAGGAGGAAUGAUAAAUGGUGGCGACAAGCAGCAUGGUGUAUGAGGAGAUUGUGGGUGUUAGGGGCAGCUGACCCCAGCCCCCGCGCACUCUAUUUACGCGCGACAUGCCCCAUAAUUUAAAUACAACGUCUGCUAAUUCAGCUAAUUCCGGGCCUAACCAUCAGGCCUAUCCUCCAUCUCAACCUUAUCAAAUUAAUGAUGGACUCCAACCUGAGAAAGAACCUGUUGAGUUUGAUGCAAGUCAUCUACGAGGUGCACCAGCAGAGGUGGAGUCUCUGGUACACAACAUCAAAGAAGUUGCUCAGCAAUUUUUGUACCACUGGCGAACGUUUCCAAUUGUACUGCCACCACCGCUAUCAGCCUGCACUGAUGGAGAAGAUACAUUGGUCCGGAAGAAGCAUCACCUGAGAGAUUUAUUUGUUGCGCCGAGUUUCGACGAGCUCGAUGCGGUUGCCGUCGACAGCAAAGGAGAGCCGCGGAGGCUCACCAACAAACAACUCGAGAGUAUCCGCGAGCGAGGCUUGCACAAGGAUAAGUAUGGAAAGCCGAAGAAACUUAAUGCCACUCAGUUGGAGAGCAUUCGGAGAUGCGGAGAAUUCGAGGUGGAUUCGAUAAAUUUUUCGGGUCAAACACACCGAUGGCGACUCAGCGGACUUCUCCAGCGGGGCAGAGAUCGCAGAAGAGAAACGUUGCUUAAAGAUUUAGCUCUGGCAACGAGAUUUAUCGUCGUCACUGCCAGAGCGCGACUAGUUUCUCAUUGUUUUAGUAUUUCUCAGGCACUCAAGGCAUUGCUGACGGGAUUUUUAAGACUUCUUGAUAUUAUUAUUGGAGUACCGUCACUCCAAGCGCAAAAUUUAGAUGGUAAAAUUCGCGAAGAGAGAUGCCGUUAUCUUGUAGCCGAGUUAGUUUGCCGGCCUGAGUAUGACGAUUCACUGGAAUUACUUUGUGGUUUUAUACGCAAACAAUUACGACGAGCGACGAUGGAGAAGUUUGAAGUGGAACGGGAAUCAUCGCAAUUGCUGCCAGUCUCGGUGCCCUUUGUCUUCGGUACACCUGCCGGUACUGCCGUCGACUUGAGAUUAUUCAGUCGUGAUAUCAUUAGGAAAGCUCUACCGACUCUGGUGACUAUACUGGAACGCGAAACACGCGGAUGGUUUUUGCAUUUUCGCGAAAGACUUAUUUCGGAAUUACGAGCGCAGAAGAAAACCGACGAAGAAAUCGAACAGCAAGUCAAUGAAGCAGUAAUGCGAGAAUACCUUCAGCGAGUCUACUCGAGCAUACUUUCUCAUCCGGAUAUUCUAGCUCUGGGCGAUGGCAUAGCCCAGCUCUUGAUCGAACAAGCUCAAUCGGUGGUACUGAUGCACCGGGCGGUUCAAAAUGUCCAGCGAAAGUUGCACCAGACUAAAGAAUCUUUGCGGUACAAAAUGGAAAGUGAGCAUCCGGUUCUCGCGCGAAUAGGACCGUGGAUGCGGGACAGAAUGAGAGAAGCCGAGGCUAAUUUUAUUGAAGAAUGUGAAUGGAGUGCACACGAAGAGGCAUUGUCUCUGUGCAAUCGACAGAAUUUACGUCAAACCGUUUACUUCCUCAAUCGUGACUUGACAUUCAUGAAAGAGCGGGAACCAGUUCUGCUGAAAGAAUUGCGCAAAGUCAAGACACCGACACGAAGUUUCCAGUGGCCAACGCAAAUCUGGCUGCCGCGCAACUGGAUAGUGAGGCGAAAUUUCCAAGGGGUUUCUGAAAUAAUCCCCACAGUUUUAAGCAACACGCCGACAUCGAUAACAACUCCGCGUGCAGACCCAAGUCAGCCGGUAUUUUUGGUCGAGCGGGAGAUUUGUCACACAACAACAACACGAUGGCCCAUGUGGCGCUGGAUAAAUUACAUCGCACGGACAUGGUGUUGGACGUGGAACGCAAUGUUUUUGUUCGGUGUCGCAGUGCCCUGGUGCAGCCGAGUCUCACUGCGUGCGCUUCUGCUGGUUGAACCCUUCACACCGGAUUUGGAGCUAAGCCAACUCAAUGGGACACUGUUCCCGCGAAAAUCCUCACAGACACCGACUUUAUGUUCCCGAUUGAUUGCACUCUGGCGGCAUAUCAGCAAAAGCCGGACGCACUUUGAGACUGAGCCUGACACUGGAUUUAUUGGCAAAGGAAUGACGAGGCACAUUAACAGACUGUGGAAUUACGGAGUAAAAGGACUUAUGGGAACUAUGGGUAUUCUCUUCCUCUUUCCCAUAAUCUGCAUUAUCGCGAGUUUCAGUUCACUUGUCAUCGCUAUUUCAGCUUUUUUAUGGAUGCCGAUGGUAACAUUAUUACUGCAUGGAUUCAUGGCUCUAGUAAUGGACCUCGACAGCCCAGAGCCCAGUCGAAAUCGAUAUUUAGUAGUAAUGGAAGCACUGGCGUGGAAUAUUGGUGUCCAGGGCUGCUUACAGCCUGUAGCCGCUUUGAUUGUCGCCGUAUGUGUAUGUCCAAUAAUUUCAUUUUUGAUACUCACGAUUGCUGUGAUAAGAUACUGGAUACGAGUGAUGUGGGACACUGCGAUGUUCCAUCUUGUAAUUAAGAACCGCGGGCGUGUACCUGCGAGCGACAGUUUCGUUGUAAAGAGAAUCGCAGGUCCUGGACUGGCCUCGGAUUACUACUAUCAAAUAAGACCGGAGCAAGCGUUGGCAGCUUUUGAGGCGAAACUUGAACUCGACGAACUUUUGGCUUUCCAACAAGAAACAGAGCGACUUAUUACACAACCCCAGCGUGACUUUACGCAGUUUGUUGAGGCGUGUUUUAGUCCAUUUGCAACCAGUUUAGCCAAGACACGUGACCCCUACAAGUCUCUAGAGAAAGAAGCGCGUGACUUGGUCGCAGUUCUUCACGAGAAGCUUGACCGCCGCCGCAAAGACUUGCAAACUGGUCUCGGAGUUGCUGUGAGAAGCAAAAUAAAGUUGACGACAUUUGAUCUGAAGAUUGUUAUACAGCAAGCUGCGCUGAUGCUGGAGCGACUGUAUCCCUCCCACGUGUUGGCACGUCUCAGCAGUUGUGAGGAAGACUUCUGGGAAAACAAAGGCCUGAGUGUCGGCGACUGGGCCGGAUUAGCUGGUCUCAUGUACGCUGAUAUCUUUAGCUUGGAUUUCUUGCAGCCUCUUGACGAUACUGACACCAAAUUCAAGCUAGAACCACAUCCAGGAGUUGACCUAAGUCGUUAUACAGAAAUGGUCCACAGCACUGAGCUCGGCGGUGUCAACGGAUUAGAUCUGCUGGGCGCGAUUUACGCACCACGUGGUAACAUUCAAGUACAGAGUCCAUAUCUUGAGGUGUCGUACUUUAAUCCGCGCGCAAAGCUGGCCAGUAACAGCCGCAAGUCGGAAAAAAGAUGUGAGACAAGUUUAUUGACUUCACCAAGAUCAAGACGUAAAACAAAUUCGGGAUUAUCCGUCAGCGAUGGACGCUGGCAACCAUGGAAACGUGAGAUACGACCUUACAGUGCUGAAAAACUCGUAAUACCGCUUCCCAUACCACAUCCAGCUCAUAUUGCAGUAAAUAUUCAUAAUCGUGACUCCGAAGACCCUAUUGAUCUCGACUCAGAGUUGUGUCAAAACAUUCUCCGGGCGAUUGAAGAGUCUCCGGGUGAGAUGGCGACCGAGUGCGUCGGGCGUUAUCGUGGAGGUGGCGGUGACUCGAGCUUCGACUCGGUCGCGUCCCAGUCUUCGGUCUCACUGGAGACUGGUCUUGACAAAGACAACGAUCCCGAGGAGACUCUGCAUGAGGGAGAGAUCAAAGAACAGGGAGAGACUUACCACUGGACACUUUCUAACUGGGGCGGCGGCAUGGCUAGACGUAGAAACAAUUCGGGAUCUAUUAAAGUUGAUCUUGCGUCACCGGAAGACGUUACUUUGGACACUGAUACCACUAGGGUGAUGUUCAGCACUUACGGUACGACCGUUUAAACUUUCGACGUUCAAUGCUUCCUCAUUCUAUCAUGUUAAAUUAUUUUUUUUAUUUACCAUUAUUAUUUUUUUUUUAUUUUUCAAGUGACUCGUGUAUUCGUUAGAUUUUUUUUAGUUUAUUUAUAAUAAAUUUAUAAUAAAUGAGGGCUCAAGAUGUUGAUAUUACAGUGAAUUAGUCUUUGUUUUAUAUUUUUUUUUAAUUUAACGCAGUUAAAUAUUUUACUGGUUAUAAAAAAUGAAUUAAUGUAUUUUUGAAUCUUUGAUAUUAUUUUUAUUGUUAAAAAAAUUAUGAGGGCAGUUCAUUUGUUUGAUAUUUUACUUGCCAUAACAUAUAUUUAUUUUUUAUUCCGUGUAAAGUAGAAAGUAGAAAACUACAUUAUGAAUACAACAGUUAUAGCAAAAAGAACAAUCAAACGGGAAAAAUAAUUAAACUUUUGUAAUAUAUUCUCUAAGUUUUAUUGUAUUCUAUUCUAUUAUACUUUUUUAUUAUUUAUUUUAAUUAUUGUUUAACCAACAAUUGAUAAUAACGUUUUGAAUAAUGAUAAAUUUAUAAAUGCAUUUAAAAUUAGACGCACAUUAUUUUAAAUAAAUCGCGAUUAGAAAACCAGUAGAGAAUCAAAAUCGUACUAGAGACCAGAUAGAAUUUAUUUACUUUAUAAUUUAAUAAAACUGCUUGAUAAAUAAAUAAAUAAAUUUAAAAUCUAACAAAAUAAAAUAAGACGCAACUGCACUGAAUAAUCAGCGACAUCGAGCCGUCAUUUGCGAGACUCGUUUUGAUCGACACGAGAAAUCUUUUAUGUACAUAGUUAAGUUGUUAUAUUCAAAUAAAAAUAUAUUAAAAACAAUUAAGACGUAUACCAAACAGAUAAAACUAAACAAAUAAACAAUAAUUAAUAUUAUUAUCAUUAUUAUUAAAAGAAAGCUCUCUUCUCGAUGUUUGAAUUUUGUGUAUUAAUUUUUACGCGCGCCUCAAAAACGUCAGUUAUUAAUACAUUUUUAAAAAUAAUAUUCCGUUAUUGUAUUAAUUAAAUAAAUAUAUUUAAAUUUAAAUAUAAAACUCCAUCCAAAGUACGUAUAAUUAAUUAAUUAAUAGUAAUGUGUUUGUACUGUAGAUGGAGUACAAAAAAUAAUAUUUUAAAUUAAUAACUUACAAAUGUGAUUGUAUUUACAUUUUGUCAUGCAGUUUUUUUUUUAAAGGACAUUCUCAGGCAAUGCCUUCACUUUUUAAAAAUAUCCAAUGACUUUUAAUUUUUUAAAAAUUACUUACAGUUGUUACCAAUUAGGAGUUAAAAUUUUAGUUAUAAAAUUGACAUGAAGAUUUUACUGAAAUUUAUUUGCCAAAUUCCGUUUAACUCCCAAUUGAUGUCAAUUAUAAUUUUUUUUUUUCAAUUGAUAAAAUUUUGACAAGCUUAUGACCGCCAAAAGUCAUUUAAAAUUUUUGAAAAGUGAGUUGGAAGACAGUUUGAGAAUGCCCUUAAUUAAAUGUAUUAAAAUUUUGAGGUUAAGUGGGCAAAAAUUUGAAUUGCUCAGUAAAAAUUUUAUUAAAUGAGUACCGAGUAUUUGAAGUUUUUAUUGGGAACUCGAAUUUAAAUGAUUGAUUUAACAAAUUUGCCAUGAAUUUAAAUAGUUAUUAUUGCAAUCAUGUAAACUUGAUAUUUAAAAUGCUUAACUGAUUAUUAAAUUAAUAAACAGCUGGUAUGAUAAUUAAUAUAAAUAAUUAAACAGUGUCCAUCCAUAAUGAAAUAUUUAGAAGUAACAGUACAAUUAUAUGAAAUUAUAAAUAAAACGAUGAUUAUUUGAUGGAUAAAUACGGGAUUUAAUCAAAAGUAUUUACAUUUGAGGUGUGCGUUAUUUGCGAUUUAUUAUUAAUAAAAAUAAAAAUUGUCCAUGACUUUUUAAUAAAU